AUGUGCUGUGGUGGUCGUGGAUGGGCAGCCAGGACCUGUUCCACCUGUUCGGGGAGCGGUCCGGCGGGCAGGACAUUCCGCGGGUUCGGCUUCAUGGGGGGCAUCUUCUCUGCCAUGGCGGGCAGCGGAAUCGACAUCUGCUCCUUCUCCGCGCUCACCCUCCUCUUCCGGGUGUCCGAGAAGAUAGCCACGCCGACCUCCGUCAUCCUCAUGGCCAUCAACACCUGCGUGGGCUUCGCCUACCGCGAGUUCGCCAUGGGCGGCGUGCAGGAGGACGCCUGGGGCUUCUUCGCUGUGUGCGUGCCCAUCGUGGUGAUCGGCGCGCCCCUGGGCUCCCUGGUGGGCUCCCACUUCCACAGGCUGGUCCUGGCUGGCUUUGUGUACGUCACGGACACCGCCCAGCUGGUCCUGGCGCUCAUCGUCGUCAAGCCCUGGCUGCACGCGGACGACGGCGGCAAGAAGGAUAACGACGACCCCGCCCACCUGACUCUCACCUCUGGCGCCAUCCUCCUCGCGGGGGCCAUCUUCUUCAAGAUGAUGGAGAUGGCUGGCAGAAAGCUGCUGGACAUCCAGGAGCAGAGGAUGGCUGAGAGGGAAAUCGAGCUUGGCGGGAAGGCUGGGAGCCUAUACGUGGGUGCCUCGGGCUGA